AAGUAGACUGAGAGAUUGAAAGAUCGUGAAAGUUUCCUUCUUCUCAUUUUCAUAAAUCCUAAAGUUAUAAAACAUUAGUGUCUCUAACCCCUUUGAUUGAUCAAGUUCCUUCUGCUAUUUUGCUCAUCUUUUCCUUCUAUAACUUGAGGAGCAAAUUAAGUAUACUAUAUCGCAUUGCCAUAAAAUGAAGUUUGGGAAGGAAUUUGCUUCUCAAAUGGUGCCUGAAUGGCAGGCAGCUUAUGUGGAUUACAGUUCAUUAAAGACAUUUUUGAAAGAAAUCCAUGGUGUGAAACAAAAGUAUCGGCAACCAGAUACCCCAACUCGGCUUCAACGAGCAUUGACGCUUUAUAGAAGCUUUAGUGGUUUGGAUCCGAGACGAAACAAACGUGGGAGUUCAUUCGACGAUCAUGAUGUUGAAAACCAAGCGAUUCUUGUGAAUUCCGUGCAAGGAAAUGGCUCAGGGAAGUACGAGACUACUUUUCUUAUGGUUGCAGAAGAAGGGGCUGAAUAUGAGCAAGAGUUCUUUAAAAAGCUUGAUAAGGAGUUGAAUAAAGUUGACAAGUUUUACAGGUCUAAGGUGAAGGAAGUUAUGGCUGAAGCUGAAACACUUACCAAUCAAAUGCAUGCUUUAAUUGCUUUUAGGAUAAAAGUAGAUAAAUUACAAGAGAAUUUUGAUGUUUCUGGUUCUAAUGACAAAAUCAUGGUUUCCAUGAAUGCAUUACAAGGCACAACUGAAUCAGACAAUGAUGCUAAGCAAUCCAGUAAUUGCUGCCAAGAGAUUCAAGAAGAGAACCCCAAGAAAGUAAUGAGCAGCAUUAGACUUGCUCCACAAGAGGUGUUGAAUCAUGUGAAGUUGAAUCAAGCUAUUCAAGCUCCUUUCUCAGCUGCCAAAGUGUACCGUGCUAGCAAUACUAACGAGACACAAAUGAAUUUUAGCAAUGACAACCUAAAGAAAAUCCAAAACCAACUGAAACAAGCCUUUAUUGAAUUUUAUUACAAGCUUCGGCUUCUCAAGAACUACAGCUUCUUGAAUGUGUUAGCAUUCUCUAAAAUCAUGAAGAAAUAUGAUAAGAUCACAUCAAGAAGAGCAUCAAAGUAUUAUAUGAGGACAGUGGAUGAUUCUUAUAUAUGCAACUCUGACGAGGUAACUAAGCUAAUGGAGAGGGUAGAAGCCACAUUUAUCAAACAUUUCUCAAAUUCAAACCGAAGUAAAGGGAUGAACCAGUUGAGACCAAAAUCGAAGAAAGAAAGGCAUAGUACAUCAUUUGGCACAGGCUUCUUUGCCGGCUGCACAGCGGCCCUCAUACUAGCUCUGGUAUUGAUUAUACAUGCUCGCAAUAUCCUCGAUAAGGAAGGAAGAGUUCAAUACAUGGAAAGCAUGUUUCCAGUAUAUAGUUUGUUUGGGUUCAUGGUUCUACAUAUGCUCAUGCAUGCUGGGAAUAUAUACUUUUGGAGGCGAUACAGAGUUAAUUAUUCCUUCAUAUUUGGGUUCAAGCAAGGAACAGAGCUGGGAUUUCGAGAAGUUCUUUUCUUGAGUUUUGGCCUUGCAACGCUAGCACUGAUCAGUGUGGUCUCCAACCUUGACAUGGAAAUGGACCCUAAAACUGGAGAUUAUAAAGCAUUAACUGAGCUACUUCCUUUAAGCUUGCUUUUGCUUGUGAUAAUUGUAUUGCUUUGUCCUUUCAACAUCCUUUAUCGCUCAAGUCGCUUCUUGUUGCUCAGAACUUUGUUUCGCUGUAUCUGUGCUCCCCUCUACAAGGUAAAAUUUCAAGAUUUUUACUUGGCAGAUCAGUUUACUAGUGAGGUACAAGCAUUUAGAAGUGUGGAAUAUUACAUUUGCCAUUAUGGUUGGGGAGACUUCAAACUCAGACAAAACACAUGCAAAUCAAAUGACAUAUUCAACACUUUUUAUUUCAUCGUUGCUGUAGUCCCCUACUGGUCUCGUCUCCUUCAGUGUGUCCGAAGGUUCCAUGAUGAGAAAGAUCCAAUGCAAGGGUACAACGGAUUGAAGUACUUUCUGACAAUUGUUGCUUUGUGUACGAGGACUGCUUAUGGGCUUGACAGGGGAACCAGUUGGAAAGCAGUAGCUUGGACGUUUUCAGCCAUGGCGGCUCUCUAUGGUACUUAUUGGGACCUUGUUGUCGACUGGGGGCUACUACAAAGGCGGUCCAAGAACCGCUGGUUGAGGGACAGACUUCUAAUCCCUUACAAAAGUGUAUAUUUCGGAGCAAUGGUUUUGAAUGUAUUGCUGAGAUUUGCAUGGUUGCAAACUGUCUUGGAUCUAAGUUUAUCAUUGCAUAGAGAAACAUUGAUUGCUAUUGUUGCCAGUCUAGAGAUAAUUCGUCGUGGGAUAUGGAAUUUCUUCAGGUUGGAGAAUGAACAUUUGAACAACGUGGGCAAAUUUCGUGCAUUCAAAUCAGUGCCACUACCUUUCUACAACGAUGAGGAUGAAGACCGGAUUGAUUAGAUUGCUGCAAAUAUAUGAGAGAGAUGGUACAAAGAAAGCCCGAAGUUUUUUUUAUUUUUACUUUUGUUUUUUCUUUAUGAAGGGGAUGGAAAUGGAAGAUUAGAUAAGAAUUGCACCUUCCUACCAAAUUGUUGGGUAGAGUAAUUUCUCCUUUAUUAGAAGUUAUUACGCAAGCAUUCAAUGUAUGUAUAAAGCAAAAAGUUUUUUUUUAAA